CCUGGCCCAGCGCCCUAGGAGCCAUGACAAGCAAAAGAAAAGACUUGCCUCGGGGUAGCCUGGUUGAUAUUUAAAUGUGCGGGUUAAUUUUUCAUCUGAUUUAAUAAAUGGACAUUUCCUUCCCUUCUCUACCUCUUUGUGCGUGACCUGCUGCCUGCUCUGACGCUGCGGGCACAGCCAGCUCCGCAGGCCCGUUUCUCCAGAGCGCAUUGCAGGACGGCGCUCUCACGAAGAGUUAAAAUCACAGCAUCUGGAGACCCGAUCCUUCUCCAGCAUGGCAGGUGUGAGUGGAUGUUUGAAAUAUUCUAUGUUUAUCUUCAACUCCUUGUUCUGGCUAUGUGGUACUGUGAUCCUGGGAGUAGCUAUAUGGGUACGAACAACCAAAAGUGAUCAUGAGUUUAUCAGCCAUGGAGACUCUUACUCCAGUGUUCCUGCAAACCUCUUGAUUGCUGUGGGUUCCAUCACCAUGAUUCUGGGUUUCCUGGGAUGCUGUGGUGCCAUCAAAGAAAGCCGCUGCUUGCUCAUUCUAUUUUUCAUAGGAUUGCUUCUUAUCCUGAUUCUUCAGGUGGCAGCCGGCGCCGUAGGAGUUAUUUUGAAACCUCAGAUGGAACGUGAACUUAAUCAGACACUUCAUGAAGAUAUAAAGCUUUUGAGUGAAACCAGUGAAUCUGCCGUGAAAUACCAGACCACGUUAGCUGAACUGGAAGAAAGGUUAAGAUGCUGUGGUUUAAUAAAUGGAGCUUCUGACUGGGGAACUAAUUUCCAAAAAUAUGCCAAGUACUGUGCAUGUACAGAUGUGAUGAAUUCGUCUUGUGAAAUUUAUUCAGGAGUAUCUGUUUAUAAAGAGGCAUGUGCUCCUGCUAUAAAACAGAUUUUCAAAAAAUAUCUUAUUAUAGUUAUUGGAAUAGCAUUUGGAUUGGCCUUUGUUGAGGUACUUGGUAUGAUAUUUUCCAUGGUCUUGGUCCGCCAGAUCGGGGGAAAAUGAAUCUGGACGCCUCAUCAUAUCCCUAGGAAGACCUCCUUAAAUGUUGCCUGGGUUUGUAAUUUUAAGGAUAUGAAUGCUGUGAAUAUAGGUAGUAAUUGCACUAUUAAAAUAUCUCAUUUAGCCAGACCACAGGUAUCUUCCAGGUAUAUCAAGCAUAUUUAAAAUUUAAGUGACGUAAAGAAAAUCAUAUGAAAUUAUAAGCAUCUUUACUCAAAAUAAAAACAGCAUUGUUUACAUUGGCUCCUUUUCAUGUCCAAUCAUUGUGUCUAGGUGGUACUAUGCUUAAAACAUUCCACUGGAGCCAUCCAGCGGCGCAAUCUUCAUCUCCAGGUGACAGAGCUAUCGUUAGUUACCAUGACCUUUUCCAGAAGCAAUACUCUUUUCUAUGUAUCAAUCGCUGGGGAUGAGAUAAAGGAAGUCUGAAGCUGAGUAACUGUGAGUGGCCCAGUCCAAAGAGCCAUCAUCUCUUUGUUGUACACAAGUGACCCCCAACGUCAUCUCUCAUCUGCUCCAUAUUUAUGGUGGGGACAAGUAGACCAGAGGGCCCACCUCCUACCCAUUGGCUUUCUGGUACCUUUUCGGUCUUCUUUUGCCAUAUAACAAUUGUCCUUUCUUUUAUCAUUGUAGUUCUCGUAGACUUUUAAAAAUUUUACCUCGUGUUCGGGUCUAACACACAUAUAGUAAAGUGAACAAACCUUAAGGGUAUAACUCUGUGACUAUGUCUAUCUACAUCCAUACAGCCACGGCCAGAUGAAAAUGCAGGACAUUUCCAGCCCCCAGAAGCCUCCUUCACACCCUUCCCUUGUGAUGUGCUGGAGUUGGCUUGCACUGCCCUGGCAGGUCACAUGUACACCAGUGACAUCACACUGGUAGUUUGAAAUCCACCACACAGUAGAAAUUGGCAAAUUUUAUAAAACCAGGUGUGUUAGGUGGGUGACUAGAGAAACAAAUCCAGAGGGACUCAUUUGUAUAAGUAUAUGUGCAUGUAUAAGAAAGAGCUUUAUA